AUGCCUGUACACAAACAGCGGUGCUCUGUUACAGACACCGCGGCGAAGCGCAGCCAUGCUUCGGAGGUACAGCAGUGGGAGAUGAGCCAUAUAACUGUCAGAACGAGCACCACGCAGCUUGCAAGGAGAUCGCCAGGCGGAAACGACACCCCCACAGCCCGAGCGCUGCGCCGCCGCCAUGACGUACUGACGGCGGGAAAGCGCCACCCCGCGGCUCCAUCCCCCACAGCUCUCGAAAGAAGGCGCGGUCCGCCGGAGCUGCUGCGCGUGCGCACGGCGCUGCCGCUGCGGUUAUGGCGGCGCCCCGUAGCCUCAGCGUCUCGCGGUGACGAGCGUGGGCGGCUGGGGAUGGCCGAGGCGGGGAACGCGAUGUCUGCGCUGGGGCCGCGGCUGGAGGCGCUGGGCCGGCGGCUGGAGGCGCCGAGGGGAGCGGGCGGCGAUGGUAUCUUCUUAGCAAAGGGCUCUGCUGCUCUGGAGAGACUGAAGGACCUCUGUAAAGAAGGGAAAGAGAAAGCACAUCAUUCCACGAUUCUACAGCUUUACACACAGGCUGUCCUAGACAUUACCUAUUUUGAGGAAAGCCAGCUUGUGGAUGAAGAUUUUGCAGGGGAAUCUUCAUUACAAAAAGUUAAAGAACUUAUCUGUAUUCUUUCAGACCCAGAAGACUUAGUGAGGGAAUGCAGCAUAAAUGAAGAACCUGUCAACAUCCUUAGUACAGACUUGGUAGAAUGUCUUUACUGGAGAAAAGGAGCCCUGUUUUACAUGUAUUGCCAUAGAGUAAAAGAAAGGAGCGAAUGGAUGAGAGGAAACGUUGCUUUAUUUAAAAAGUGUCUUAAUGAUGGAGUUCAUUACCUGAUGAAGAUGCUUAGCUUCAGAUGCCCUCUUCAUUUAGAUGGAGAUAUCUCACUUCAAGAUAAAGACACAGCUAGACUACUCAGUGAAGGUAUAUUUAGCGACACGCACUUACUGGCCAUGAUGUACAGUGGAGAAAUGUGCUACUGGGGACUGAAAUACUGUAGAGAGGGAAAGCAGGAGAACCUCAAGAUGAUGAACUCAGUGUCUGGCAGUGAGCUGGGCUGCAGAUCACAGGGUGCACUGGUGGAUUUCCGAGAGCUGGGCAAAACCAUGUUAACAAAGUACAUUGCUGUGUGUGAGGGACCUUUAAAAGACCAAGGAUGGAACACAACAAGUGCAAACCAGAUGCUAUGCUACCUCAGGAAAACCCACAGUUAGAAUUGUCGCUGUUGCUCUGUCGGAAGCUGCUCGCUGUGUGAUGAGCGCUCAUAGGAUGACUGUCUGCUCCAGGUUGGGACCUGCUGUGCCUCGAGCCUGCCUGCUCGUACAGAAUGUAUGCUAAGUUGCAUUAAAGCACGAGUUCAAAGAA